AUGGCGGAGCCGCCGCGGGCCAUGGAAGCAGAGGAUGGCAAUGGCAAUGGAGAGUGUUCCCCUGGAGCAGAGUCAUUGUCCCUGCAGGAGGAGAAGUUCGAGGGGUCUGCAGAAGUGGGAAAAGGUGAGAUGGAGCAGCCACUUGCAGGUGGAGGAGCCCCUUCCCUUCCCUCAGGAGCACCUGCAGCAGAGCCGGCCACAGGCACCAGGCCAGGGAGCAAAGGACGACCCAGUUCUCGCCAUGGAGAGCCAACCUUUGAGCUCCCCAGUGAUCAUGGCAACCAAAGCGGGGAAAAGGCAGCUGAGAAACAGGAGACAAGAAAAAGGAGGGGGAAAAGAGCAGGAGAAACAGAACUGCUCAUCUUGGAUCCAGAACAUCCUCUGAUGACAAGAUUCCAGGCUGCCCUGAAGAAUUACCUCACCAAGCAGAUAGAACAAGUGAACCUAGAGCUCCGUGAACUGAGGACAGCAAUGAAAACCAGCAAAGAGCAGAGAGAAGAGCUCGGGGUGAUCCUUUAUGGGGCCCAGCAGCAGCUGGGGCAGCUGGAGGUGGAGCUGGAGAAGAGCCACGAGCGCUGUUCCCAGGCGGCCGCAGCGCGGCAGCAGCUGGAGGCAGAACUGCAGGGCCUCAGGGGUGCUCACAAGGAAAUAUGUCACAACACGGAUGAUGAACGCAAGAAAGUUUCCGCAAUGCAGACCCAGAUUGAAAACCUGGCCUUGGAGCUCUUCUACGUGCAGAACAUGGACCAGGACAUGCAUCACAGGCUUUUGCUGAUGAAACAGUCAGCCAGGAGGGCUGAGGCAGAGAGGAUCCAGGCUGAGGUGGAAAAGAAAAAACAGGACCUUCUUCUGGACCAGUUAACAAGGAGAGUCCACCAGCUCCAGGAACAAAUUGCUCUGUUUGAAGCUCAGCUUGUGGCCCAGGCAGAGGACACAAAAGUGACCCGGCAGGCAGUCAGUGAGGCUGCUCUGGAGGUCCAGACUAUUAACAUGGAGAAAAAGAGGCUGAUGGACCACUGGAACAGCAGCUUGGCUGGAAUGAAGCAGAGGGACGAGGCCUAUGUUGUCACUCAGGAGCUGCUGAGCAACUACAGACGUGACCUCAAGUCCAUAGAAGGGGACAUCCAUGGCUGUGGGAAGUCCAUCAGGAAAGAGGAGGAGAAGAAUGAGAACCUUGUCAGCCUCCUGAACCGGUCCCAGAAUGAUGCCAGCGUGACAAGGAAACUGAUUGCCCAGUGCCUGCUGGAGCAGGAGGCCCUGCAGGUUCAGACUGGCACCUACACUCGUAUUCUCCAUGAGACAGAGCAGGCCCUCAGCAGGACCAAGAUGGACCAGGCUGCUCACCUGAAUGAGUUGCUGUCCAUCAGGAAGGGUAUAGAGAAAGGAACUUAUGACAAAGAGCAGCUAGAGAGUGAAAUCAUGGCAAAGCUUCAGGACCAGAUGAUAUCCAGCAAAGCUGCAAAGCACUUCUCCCAGCUGGCUGAAAAACUGCGGAACAGAAAAAGUGACCUGGAGCUGCAUUUUUACAAGGUUGAGAACGAUGUGGCCCAGAUUAUUCUGAACGCAACUAAUACCAGCUGCAGGCUGACAGUUCACCAAAAAACACUCUGUGAGGUGGACAAGGAAAUAAAAAACAUGAAUGAACUGAUCGCCUGCCAGGAAAAUGAGAUUGCAAAGUCCAGGCUCCAGGCUGACAAGAAGGGAGGGAUCAUCUGCCUGUACAACAAGAAGCUGGAGAUGCUUCUUGCUCAGCAGGGGGGGCAAGAACUGGGACCACUGGAAAUUGAGAUCAACCAGCUGAACAAGCAGCUGGAGGAAUGCAACUCGGAGGCGAUGACGUUGCAGAAGUACUGGCUCAAUGAGCAGAAGGAGCUGGUCAGGCUGACACGGGAGCGGGAGGAACAGAUCACCUCGCUGGACACGCUGCAGAAGAGGAUCAUCAUCAUGCAGCAGAGGAAACUGCGCGUUGAAAAUGAAAUUCUGCAGGAAAUAAAAGAACAGAAGGACGUGGAACGGCACAUGAAGAACAUGUCAAAUGACCUGAUAAAGUUGAACAUGUUGAUCAACAAGAACAAGAGCAGCGUUGAGGAGCUGAAAAAUGGCAAAAUUGUCACAGAGAACGAGUUUGUGCAGUCUCUCAAGGCAGCAGAAAGAGAAUCUGUGGAGAUGCAGGAGAGGCACAGCCAACUGACUGAGGAGAAGGAAAGGCUCCUGAACAGCCUGGUAGAAGCAGAGCAUCAGAUCCUGCUGUGGGAGAAGAAGAUGCAGCUGGCAAAAGAGAUGCGGGAAGCAACAGAUGCUCUGUUAGAACACGGCGAAAUCCAUGACAUGAAAACAGAGAUUCGGAGGAUGCAAGUGCGCCACGAGCAGCUGCAGAAGCAGCAGGAGACGUUGAUUCGGGCGAUGGAGGCGUGUGUUUCUCAGAGAGAGACAAUAACGAAUCGGGCAGAGGCUCAGAGCAAAUUAGAUAAGAAACACAGCACCAAGAGCGACUUCCAAAGCAGGAAACAGGAGCUGAAGAAGAGGAUCAGGGAAACCCAGGAGAACAUUUAUGAAUGCAACCAAACCAUGCAGGAACUGGAGGACAUCCAAGAGUCUCUCAGUGCCAGCUUUUCAGAAAAGAAGGAAGAAUUGUCCCAGCUCCAGGAUGAGACCAACAGCCUCAGCUUGGACAUGGAAAGUCUUCAGAACGAGAAACGAUGGAACCUGUUGGAACUUGUGGCACACCAGGCACACCAGAAGCAGCUGCAGGCACUGAGGCAAGGGAAGUACAAGGCCCUGUGCCACACUGAAGAGGCCUGCAUGAACCAGCAGGAGAAACUGCAGGAUCGACUGCAGACCAUUAACAGCAUCGUGCAGGAGAUCUGUGAGGAACAGCCCCGGCACCAAAGGGCUCUGCAGUGGCUCAGUCACUGCUUGCGAUCCAAGCUCAGGUUGGGGAAAGCCUGACAGAAA